AUGGCCUGGAGGCCUAGGCUGAGACCCACGUCAUACCCCUCCCCCGCCUUCAUCAUCGUCGCGCGACUCAGUGCAUCCUCUCCUCGACAUCAACUGCGCAAAUCAACAAAUAACACCGUUAAAAUGCCUACUUAUAUUGUUACCCUCAAAGACGACGCCAGCCCCGAGCAGGUCAAAGAGGCCAAGGACAAGUGCAUCGAGCAGGGCGGCAAGAUUAUUCACGAGUACGACAUUAUCAGAGGCUUCUCUGUCAGCUACCCCGAGGACGCCAUAACGACCCUCGAGUCCAACCCCCACGUCAAGGCUGUCGAGCCCGACGGCGUCGCCACUAUUCAGUAA